GGUGGGACGGACUGGCGUGUCCGUCACUAAUUCCCCGACCUGUGAAGCGGAACCUCCCCCCACGUGGUGCAUCAGUCAUCCAGAUUAUAGGGGUCUGCAACCACCUAGGCGUUACGCCCGCGUGAGCAGUGUCACCAUUGGAUAUGUGAGACGGCAUAUUAACCAUAUGAGAUAGAGUUUCCAAACGAGUAUAGUCUCUAGUUUCAAGCCGUGCCACGCGUACAGGCCUCAUUCUCCAGGAACGAAGGGGUGUACUAAGGGGACCCUCGCGCCAAACACUCCCAGCGUUCGACCGCCGAGCACACCUCGAGGGUGGAUAGACAAACAGGGCUAGCAGACAGACAGACAAGUGCAAAGGAAGAGUUGAGAGACUGACUGAUGAAAGCAACCCUAGCGAUGAAUACUUUCAUAUCAGUUCGGUGCUUCUUCUGUUUCCUAUGCGUUCUUGUGGUUGCGGUCACUGCCGAAGAGGAGUCCAAUGGAACUCGUCUGCCCUUCAAGCCCCCGUGCUCCGUCCAGAGAACGGAGAUUACGUUCCCUCACGUCAUAGACAAUCAUGGCAAACACGUUAAAUCAGAAAUCCCUGGUACAACAGAUCUACCCGGGGGCUUUUUCUUGGAGGUGUCAUGGCGAAAACAAAAGAUUCAGUUGGCUCUCUAUCAGUCGCAGAUCUCCACACCGAGGGCCGUCGCUGAAUGGGACGAAGGUAACCAGACUUUGGCUGAAGACAUUGAUGACAAGUGUUUCUAUCACGGUUAUGUCAAAGGUCAAAGGUCAUCCUACACGGCUGUCUCCACAUGCAGUGGCGUGGCUGGAUACAUACAGACAGAUGAUGAGAUCCUGUUUAUUGAACCAGCAGCAAGUCGUCAGGGAGACACUUCCUUGCAAGCUCACGUGAUUUACACAUGUGAAGAUAGGGAGCCGGCCAAUGAAACUCACCAGUGGGCGCCUAAAGAUUAUAAUGACGGCCAGAUGGAUGCCCACUGGAGGAAGAAGAGAGCUGCAAGGGGGAGAACGAAGUACCUGGAAGUGUUUAUGGCAGUGGCGCCAUCUACCGUCCAGGUCGUUGGAAAAAAGAAAAUCAAGACCUACGUCAUGACGUUAAUGAAUAUAGUUAACUCAAUAUAUCAACAUUCCAGUCUUGAUGUGGAUAUACGCGUGUCUCUAGUAAGGUUAAACUUACUUAAUGAUAGAACGGCCGACAGAGUGACAGUUAGACGGAAUGCUUAUCAAACAGUCAGGAAUUUCUGCGAAUGGGCAAUGUACCUGUAUAAGCCGUCAGAUCCACAGACCCACGACAUUGCAGUGUUGCUGACCAGAGAAGACAUAGGUCCAGCAGGUUACGCUCCUAUCACCGGUCUCUGUAACCCGAUACGUAGCUGUGCUGCUAUUAAGGAUGAAGGAUUUACGUCGGCCUUUAUUAUAGCCCAUGAGAUGGCACACGUGUUUGGUUUAUUCCAUGAUGGCCAUGGCAACCGUUGCCAUGGGCGCGAGUACCGAACAGCCAUAAUGGCGACUCUUGUGGAGUCCAAGCUGAACCACUAUUGGUGGUCAAUCUGCAGCCAAGAAAGGAUGAAGUCGCUGGUUAACUCUCUUUACUGCCUAUAUGAUGAUCCCUAUGAACUGGAAGGUCUGCCAGAAUUACCUGCAGCUAUAGGAAAGAACUGGUCGCUAAAUGAACAGUGCAUUCUGGAGUUCGGAGAACAGUUUUCAGUUUGUCGAGCUGAAUAUAAUUCGUUUUACGCAGACUCUUGCAACAUGCUCUGGUGCGGCGACUACCGCCGGCCUCAUCUAUGCCGGACCAAGAGGGGACCGCCAGCUCCCGGAACGCCCUGCGGUAGGGACAAGCAAUGUGUGAACGGUCGGUGUGAGUACGUUGGCAACCAGUCUCCAGUCAUUGGUCGGUGGGGAUACUGGUCAUCGUGGACACCGUGUUCUGGAGAGUGUGGCGUGGGACUUCGGUACCGUAGUCGGACAUGUGACAACCCAAGUCCUAAAUAUGGAGGCCGGGACUGUGAGGGCGGAAAGGACGAAAUGGGGACAUGCUUAAAUAAGAAAUGUUCCACGUACACCGACAUCCGAGCUGGAGAGUGUGAAGUGUGGGCCGAGAUGAACGUAAGACCUGGGAGACACACCUGGAAGCCCUUCCCAGCCAAAAACAAGGAGGAUUGGUGUAGACAAACCUGUAAGUCGGACAGGACUGGAGAGGUCGUCACCAUCGACAUCAACACUGAAGACGGCACUCCGUGUACAUACGACACCGACUUCAGUAUCUGCAUAGAGGGAAAAUGUUUUGAUGUGGGGUGUGACGGUGUGAUGAAUUCAACCAAGAAGAGUGACAGCUGCGGUGUUUGUGGUGGAGAUAACUCCUUCUGUAAAACCGUCACAGGAGAGUUCCUCAGAAGGCCUACUAAAGAAGAUGAAUAUGAACAAGUCGUGUUCCUUCCGCACGGAGCCCGGAAUGUGGAAAUAACCAAAACGGAAGAGUCACCGCAUUUCCUGGCAAUGAAGGACCCAGCACGAGGCGAUUAUUACAUGAACGGCAACGGGAAGCAGGAGGGCUCCAAACAGCUCGUGGCGGAGGGGGCGUUCUUCACAUACGCAAGGGGACAAACAUACGAAAGUCUGGUUUCCAGAGGGCCUUUGAAGAAAAACUUGGAGAUUAUGCUGUUUCCAGCCGGACACCUCGCACCUGCCUCCGUCACCUACGCCUACACGGUCAAUAAAGACGAUCACACUUUGGAGAAAACUAAGUAUAAAUGGAAAUUUACGAAAUGGUCGGAGUGUUCUGUAACCUGUGGCACAGGAGUUCAGACUAUCAUGCACGGGUGCUUCGACAAGAACACCGACGAGAAACUGAAUGACGAAAUGUGCAGCUUCCUAGACCUACCACGACAAGACCAGGCCACGUGCCACAGGGAGUCAUGUGACCAAAUACGGUACAUCUGGGCGAUGUUCAACAACUUCUCUGACUGCUCCGCCUCGUGUGGCGACCGUGGCUACAAGUUACAGAUGUACGGCUGUGAGAGGAACUACCCAAAUGCUUCAACUGAAUACGUCCCCCAUCACUUUUGCGAGAAGGUGGCGCCACCUAACGAGACAGUGGAGUGUAACCGAUUCCCCUGCAUGCUAAACUGGAGCGUCGGAGAGUGGAGUGAAUGUUCCAAGACGUGCGGAAUGGGGAUGCAGCAGCGGGAGGUGUGGUGCGGGGACCUCUACGACUGGAGUGAGGACGACGUCUGUGACGAGGAUAUACCCACUGCAGAGAAGAUAUGUAGCAAAGGCCCCUGCUUUCCUAAGCCGCCACCUUCGUGUAAGAAGGACAAAUACUCAUUCUGCGCGUACGCAUCAGUGAAGAAAUGCCGGUUUGCUGGCUUCCGGAACAUGUGCUGCAUGUCUUGCUACCAGGGCACAGGGGCCGCCUACAGACGCCACACCCGCAUGGCCAGGCAGAGGAGAAAGCUUAGGAUUAAAAGGAGAUUAAAGGCAAAACGCCAUGAAAAUCAUAUUCUAAAAUAUAACUAGAAAUAUACGUAUCCGUGUAAUGAAAAUAAUAUAUUUGAAUUACAUAUUAUAUGUAUGUUCAAAGAUAGCUGUGAUUUGGCUUAUUAACAUCCGAUAUGCUUCACAACAGUGCAGUUGGUGAAGUUUCAUGCUCAAAUAUGCUUCGUCAUAUUGUGGUAUUCUACGUGCUGAUAACUGGUGCUAGUAUCUAUGCAUUUUAAACAUGUGCAGCUACACACUUUCCUAUGCACACGCCCCACUUACACAUGAGAUGCUUGUUCGUAGCUUUUGUAAUGUAACAAAAGUUAUUAUAUUUGACAAUACCAUUAGUCUUUUGUCCAAUCUUUGGGGUCGAAAACUUAAUGUUUUACCAAAAAAUGUGCCAAAUAUAAACACAGUGACAUUGGUGCUAGUUCAGUUUUGUUUGACAUUUACACAGUUGAUACAAUUGAAUAUAGCUUGCUCAACAACUCGAUGUUAUAAAAAAGGAAUGAACAUUGUGAAACGAUUUUGUAACGUGCUUGAAAUUAUUUAAACUUGUUUCAGAUCAUUUGUGAUUAUUUAACCGAUUACAUAGGAAAAUAUUUCCUUUUCUUUAUGUUUACAAGAGUAAAAACAUCACCUUUAUACAAUAAUAAAUAUAAUGAAAACAAGAAACGGUUUCCGAUGCCUUGACCAUCCCUUCAUUGAUAACAUCUACCCAAUACCCCAUGGGGGUGUUAGUCAUUAUUCGCCUAUACUGGUGCUCAAAUGUAUUAACGUACAGGCGUGUAGAUGGUACCGGUUAUAAGGUUUACACGGCACUGCAAUCAUAGUGUUCUUAUUGAUACAUGUAUGUUCGGUGACUUGUGACUCAUGGACCUAUAUGUAAUAUUAUAUACAUUCAUGUGUACACGUUUCUAUUUUGAGACUGUGAGAUCGGCUCUCGUCUAAGCGCACAUUUCAGUGAAAUGAAUAUAUGUAACGUAAAAACAUAUGGCAUAUAUUAUGAAAUGUAUCACACGUAUAGGUUGUAAGAAACAGUGUUAAGGCUGUUCUCAAAUAUAUUGGUCAAAAUGUUUUUGAUUGUCAAAUUGUUUAUGUUGUUACUUAUAAUGUUGAACGUUUGUGUACAUAGUUUUCUGCAUGUUUUUGCAUUGUUAUGUGAUAUUGUCAAAUGGCAGUUUCCCAUUUUGCACACACGUUUCACCCUGUAGAGUUUUGUCACCGAUGUUUCUAAUAUGUCUUAAUACAUGCCCAUGUAAUAUGCUGACAGGUGAACUCAUUACAUAAUGUUCGUUUCUGGACCAGGGUUAAGUAUCCUCAUGAGUGUCUAUAUUCGAAACACGUGUUCAAAGUACACAUAUGAACGUUUUGUAUGAAACGUAGGCCUUUGUAGAAAUGUUUUGCACAUGUGAGACAAGGUCCCAGUUCAAGGGAACUACAUCAUGCUAUUUGAUCAUAAUUGUAAACGCCAGUAAUUAGAGCAUGCUGUGAACAUAAUCAUUAUCAUAUUGACAUCAGAUAUUAUCACAGCUGAUACUUAGUGUGAUUGUGGAAGCAUGUCGGUAUUUCAGACUUGUAACUUGACACUAUUACACCAGAAAGAAAACGGGAAACAUCUCAUUACUCUCUUGUUAAACCUCACGCUUGUCUGAAAUAACGUUUACAGUUUUCUUAAAUUCUCAGUUUAGAGCAAAUUCUGAUUUAAUGUAUCGUUUUCAGGUAGUUUACGUACCAUUUAUUAAAUUGUUUUGAAGAG